AUGGAUUUUGAAAAUAAAAUAAAAGAAUUAGAAGAAAUAAUUGAUCAAUUAGAAAAAGAAAAAAAUAAUAAUAGAAUUGAUUUACUCAAUGAAAGAAGUAAUAGACGAAAAAUACAAAGAGAAAAGGAAAUUUUAGAAAGAAAAAUUGAAAAAAUAGAAUCGAAUAAAAGUUUUAAUCAAAUGGAUGCUAUUACCUUUUUUAAUUAUCAAAAUUUCACAAAUGAUAAUGAG